AGUGGAUUCUAACCACGGGAAAUUGGAAACUUAACCAAGAUGCAGAAUCUACAGCUUGGGGUCAAUAAGCUUAUCGGUGAAAUACCCAAAGAGAUAAGCAAUCUUGUUGAGUUGGAGGUACUUGAUCUUUCGGGCAAUAGUUUUAGUGGUUCACUUGAUAUGGAGAUCUUCAACAUAUCAGGGCUGAGAGUGAUUUCUAUUUCAAACAAUAAUCUAUCAGGAAGCCUCCCACCAAACAUGUGUUCUAUCUCCAAUUGUUCAGAACUUACUAUUCUAGAGCUUUCUAACAACCAACUAACUGGCUUGAUUCCCAAUUCUCUUGGACAUUUGGCUCAUCUACAGUUCCUAAACUUGGAGAGAAACAAUUUAACAAGUGAUUCAACGUUAAGCUUCUUGACUUCCUUAACCAGUUGCAGAAAUUUAACAUUUCUAUCUGUAUAUUUGAAUUCUCUAAACGUCAUGCUUCCUGCCUCCACGGGGAACCUUUCCACCUCUCUUAGAACAUUUGUCGCCGACAUUUGCAAAAUCAAAGGGCGAAUUCCUAAUGACGUUGGGAACUUAAGCAGCUUAUUAGACCUUAUCCAUUUUGGAAACAACUUGGUCGGAUUGAUUCCAACAUCAAUUGGCAGUUUGAGAGACCUUCAGAGGUUCAACUUGAGCAGCAACAAAUUUACCGGAUUUAUUGGAGAUCAUAUAUGUUCUUUACCUCCAGAAAUUGGAAAUCUAAAUGCUGUGACACUGAUAGAUCUGUUAAUGAAUCAAUUCUCAAAUGGAAUUCCUACAGAAGUUGGAGGCUUGCAAAAUCUUGCAAACCUUUCUUUGAGACCCAACAAGUUACAAGGAGCUAUACCUGACUCAAUGAGCAACAUGGUAGGUUUGGAAUUCCUACAGAAAUUGGAGGCUUGCAAAAACUGGCAAACCUUUCUUUGA